AUAACAGCUGGGAAAAGCAAGAAAAGUGUGAGUCAGGAACUGAAUGUUAAAAUGUCGAUUGUCUUGCUUCUGUCCUUCCUUGCAGUUGCUUGGUGCACUCCUAAAGGCCUACAUGGAGAAUUGCACCAGAACAACACGAAUGAACCUAAGAUAGAAAAAACAAUGAUGUAUGGAACUGCUACAAUACAUUAUUUCAGUACUCCAAAGAAAUUCACAGAUGCUGAGAUGUACUGCCGAAGAUAUGGGACAAAUGGUCACUUGGUGUCCAUUCAUGGUAUUAAACUGAAUGAUCUUGUCCUGCACCUUGUAAAAUACUCCCAUGACAAGAAUUCACACAACACUUGGAUUGGAGGCAUGAGGUUCCUGCAGGCACAAAACUAUAUCUGGACUGAUGGGUCUAAGUGGGACUACAACAAGUGGGUUCCUGGUGAACCCAAUAAUGUGAAACAAAAGGAGUUCUGCUCAGAGAUGUACACUGGAGAUUAUAAACCUGGAUUGUGGAAUGAUGUAGCCUGCACAAAAACAAACCCUUUCGUCUGUUUUUAUUGAGAAGAAGUUCUCUCUUCUGCCUCAGCUGAAGAUUUUUCAUUUUAUUUGCUUUGGAGCAAGAGCAUUUAGAAGUUAGUUAACAUGUUUUAAUGCUUAUGUCUUCUCAUGUAAAGCUACAUUAAAAUGUUCGGUGUUUUUGUUUAGCAAUGCUGUAAAAACAAUGCUAUAAGCUGUAAAAAAAUACAUGUUUUGCAGUGCAACAUUUUUUGCAUUCAAAUGCAUGAUGUGUGUUACUGAAUAAAUAAGGCAUAUCCUCCAAACCAUAGAUAAAAUGGGCUAUUUUCUUUUUUAGUGCUUUAUCAGCCGUAUAUAGAAAAUGCAGUGUUGAAUGCAUGCUUUUGAUAACAUGCAGAUGUUUGAAAUGAAAACAGCUGACAUCAAUGUAAAAGUCACUUCAAGAAUAUA